ACUUCAAAAGGGAAAACUUUUAUUCUGAAAAAUACUCUGACCGGAAGUGUAGUUGCUGUGGCACACGGCAGCGGAACAAGGAAACCGUACGGGGAAGAUUUGGCCGUGCUCUCGCAUAAGUCUGUACUGACACACCGAGGAGGAUGUCUGCGUCGGUGAAUAAUCCCUUUCAGCGGAUAGUGGAGCCCCUGGACCCCACGGACCCAAAGAAGCGGUUUUACAAUCUUUCCAAACUCGGAGAUCCACGAUACGACCGUCUGCCCUUCUCCAUCCGGGUCCUCCUGGAGUCCGCCGUCAGGAACUGCGACGAGUUCCUGGUGAAGCGCUCCGACGUGGAGAGCAUCCUCAACUGGAAGCAGACCCAGACCCAGACUGUGGAGGUGCCGUUCAGACCAGCUCGGGUCAUCCUCCAGGACUUCACGGGGGUCCCCGCCGUGGUGGACUUUGCCGCCAUGCGGGACGCGGUGACGAAACUAGGCGGCGACCCGGAGAAGAUCAACCCCGUUUGCCCCGCCGAUCUCGUCAUCGAUCACUCCAUCCAAGUGGACUUUAACCGGAAGUCUGACAGCCUUCAGAAAAACCAGGACCUGGAGUUUGACCGCAACAGAGAGAGAUUUCAGUUCUUAAAGUGGGGCUCUAAAGCCUUCAGGAACAUGCGGAUCAUUCCUCCUGGUUCGGGGAUUGUUCACCAGGUCAACCUGGAGUACUUGGCUAGAGUGGUGUUUAACUACGAGGGGUACUUCUACCCCGAUAGCCUGGUGGGCACCGACUCCCACACCACAAUGAUUGAUGGGCUGGGAGUCCUGGGCUGGGGUGUGGGUGGAAUUGAGGCCGAGGCGGUCAUGCUGGGUCAGCCAAUAAGCAUGGUCCUGCCUGAGGUGGUGGGGUACAAGCUGUCCGGGACCCCGGACAAGUUCAUUACCUCCACUGACAUUGUCCUCACAGUUACCAAGCACCUCCGUCAGGUGGGUGUCGUUGGGAAGUUCGUGGAGUUUUUCGGCCCAGGUGUUGCUCAGCUGUCCAUCGCCGACAGAGCCACCAUCGCCAACAUGUGUCCCGAGUACGGCGCCACGGCAGCCUUCUUCCCCGUGGACGACGUCAGCAUUCAGUACCUCAGGCAGACCGGCAGAGAUGCCGAGCAGCUGGCCUACAUUACAAAGUACCUGAAGGCGGUGGCCAUGUUCCGAGACUACGACGACGUCUCUCAGGAUCCAGAUUACACUCGGGUUGUAGAGCUGGAUCUGAGCGCCGUGGUUCCAUGCUGUAGCGGGCCCAAAAGACCUCAGGACAGAAUUUCUGUGUCUGACAUGAAAACGGACUUUGAAAGCUGCCUGGGAGCAAAGCAAGGCUUCAAGGGUUUCCAGGUGGCGCCGGAGCAUCACGGCACCGCGGUCCCCUUCCAGUUCGAUGGAAAAGAGUACACGUUAAGCCACGGCUCCGUGGUCAUCGCCGCCAUCACCAGCUGCACCAACACGAGCAACCCGUCCGUCAUGCUCGGAGCCGGGCUCCUUGCGAAAAAAGCGAUAGAGCGCGGCCUGAGCGUGAAGCCGUACAUAAAGACCAGCCUGUCACCAGGCAGCGGCGUGGUCACCACCUACCUGAAGGAGAGCGGUGUCAUGGACUACCUCUUUCAGCUGGGCUUCGAGGUCGUCGGCUACGGUUGCAUGACGUGUAUAGGCAACAGCGGGCCCCUCCCCGAGCCGGUGGUGAGCGCCAUAACCCAGGGAGACCUGGUCGCUGCAGGCGUCCUAUCAGGGAACCGGAACUUCGAAGGGCGAGUCCACCCCAACACCAGAGCCAACUACCUGGCUUCUCCGCCGCUAGUCAUCGCCUACGCUAUAGCCGGCACCGUGAGGAUAGACUUUGAGAAAGAACCCAUUGGCGUUGACUCUGAAGGCAAAGACAUUUUCCUGAGGGACAUCUGGCCCACACGGGAGGAGAUCCAGGCUGUGGAGAGAACCUUUGUCAUCCCAUCCAUGUUCAAAGAAGUCUAUGAGAAGAUAGAGAAAGUGAACGAACGCUGGAACUCUCUGGUGGCUCCCUCUGACAAGCUGUAUACCUGGGACCCCAAGUCCACCUACAUCAAGUCACCGCCGUUCUUCGACGGUUUGACCAUGGAGCUGAAGCCACCCAAGUCCAUACAUGACGCAUACGUGCUGCUGAACCUCGGGGACUCCGUCACCACGGACCACAUUUCUCCUGCCGGGAACAUUGCCAGGAACAGCUCUGCGGCCCGCUACCUGACCAACAGGGGUUUGAGCCCCCGGGACUACAACUCGUACGGCUCGCGGCGCGGCAACGACGAUGUCAUGGCCAGAGGGACGUUCGCCAACAUCCGCCUCUUUAACAAGUUCCUCAACAAGCAGGCGCCCCAAACCCUCCACCUGCCAACCGGAGAAACGCUGGAUGUGUUUGAUGCUGCGGAGAGAUAUCGGCAGUCCGGCGUCCCUCUGCUGGUUCUCGCGGGCAAGGAGUACGGCUCGGGCAGCUCCAGGGACUGGGCGGCCAAGGGCCCCUUCCUGCUGGGUAUUAAGGCGGUUGUGGCGGAGAGCUACGAGCGGAUCCACCGCAGCAACCUCGUCGGGAUGGGCGUGAUCCCCCUGGAGUACCUGGACGGAGACACCGCCGACGGCCUGGGGCUGACCGGCCGGGAGCGCUACACCGUCGUCGUCCCCGAGCAGCUCACGCCCCGGAUGAUCGUCGACGUCAAGCUCGACACCGGGAAGACCUUCCAGGUGCGGAUGAGGUUCGACACGGACGUGGAGCUGACCUACUUCCGCCACGGGGGCAUCCUCAACUACAUGAUCCGCAAGAUGUCCGAAAACUAACGGGCCGAGCGCGGCGGAGAGCCGGAGCAACGCGUGUCAUUCCCUAAUUCCCAGCUGCAAUCUAACAGGAAGUCAGGGUAGGGAGUUCAUGUAGCAGUUUACAGAAGAAUAACGUCCAAUCAGUGUCCAAGUACGGCCAUUUGCAAAGAGCUCAUUUACAGCCAGAAACCCUGCUAUUUUUGGAGAGAUGGAUAUAUAUAUAUAUAUAUAUAUAUAUAUAUAUAUAUAUAUAUAUAUAUAUAUAUAUAUAUAUAUAAGUUGCAGAUGUCAUUACAAUGUGGGUCUUACAUUUGUCUUUUAGGUCUUUAGCAGUUAUGUUUACAUCCACUCUCUAGAGCUGUUAUGAUUCAAACUGCAGUGCUCAGUCAGUAGUACUACGUAGUAGGUUAUCCUGUCAACCUCAAGUAAUUCAUUCCACCCCCCCCCACCCCCCCAUAACUGUGGGAAUGUUCACCUUGUAAAUAUUGCGUUGGGUUGCUCUAUCUACGUAAUGCACGGGGAUCACAGUGAGCAUGGGUUAAAGUGGAGGUCUUGUUGUUAGAUGAGUUUUUCCCCCACAUGAUUUAGUAUGUUUUUUUCAUUCUCAACGGUCUCCACCAGCAUCAGAGACCACGAACCGGCCAAUCGCAGGAGCCGUCGUAGGCCCUUAAAGCAGAAGAAAGCCAGUCUACUUACUGUGCAUCUAGGCACAGGCCGGUUACCGGUUACCUGGUGUACCAAAAUUUGGAAAAGUCUCGCCUGUAAAACCACACACAAAAAAAAAGGUUCAGUCCUACCGUUCCUAAGGUAUGAGCUGCACAGAGAGUGCAGUUCAGAACUCCCUCUCUCUGCCAGUGAGCGGUGCUUUUAAAGCUAAAAUACGUUGUGUUCCAUGGAAAAAAAGUAACCCAUUUAUAGCCGUCAUUGCAAUACUGUGAAACUGCGGUCUUUGGACCUUCAGUAGCGGCAUAGAGCGGGGGUCAUGUGUAGUUCCUGUGCAUGAGGAGACGACGUAGACACGUCCUCCAGUUAAUAGUUUGACACUGUUCCACCAAUCAGCAGGGGGCAGUGAUGUGCAAUACACGCAGCAAAGGCAGGGAAGACAAAAGCCUGGGACCAUGGAUUAAAAGUCCACAGCCAUGCCUGUGUCCCUGGUUAGAAAUGACUAAAAAGACCCACGUUGUAAUGACGCUGAAAUCGUUCAAAACAAGGACCAAUGUUGACAUUCAAUAAUGUAUUGUUCACUUUAAACCAACGCGGAUGAGAAGUCCUUGAUGUGCUCAGAGAUUCAGCUCUCCCGUGACUGGGGGGGGGGGGGGUCUUGUAACAUGAUGUAAAGCUCCUGUAUGGAGCACGUGGGGGGUUGUUAACUCAGGGAUUAUGUGGGUUAUAAUAUCGGUGGUGCAGGACCUUUU